AUGAGCCUCAUCUCAGUUCCCCGCCAAACCGUUUUGGGUCAAUGUAGUUCCCUCUCUCAGUUCCAUGCAGCUGCUCUACAAACAACAACAAAGCUCGAAUUCGAGCUUCACUUACAGACGCGCAAAACGAAAGCGAUUGAUUUCGGAUUCUCAUUUGGACUUGCUUCGGCACCCCCAGAGUCCACGUCGGAACCCGCGCCGCAACCCGCCACGACUGUUACUGCCACCGAACCGGCUGGUUCUUCACAAACAACAUCAGUCCUAGGCGAAACAGCUAAGUCACUGGUAUCAGCAGCACAGACACCUUCAUCUCGAAAUCUAGGUUCUGGCCAGCGGACACCAGGAAGUGCGCGCAAUGGCCUCCCCGAGCGACCGUCGAUGUUCGAUAUACCCUCGGAUGAGGAGUUAGAACUUGGGCGCAGCAGCAAAAGGAGAAAAAUUGAAUCUCCCAAAGUUACCCAGACAUCGGCGAAUUCAGACGUCACAGCCCAGGAAUCGAGUUUAGCACAGUCCCGGCCGGACAGCACGACGAGAAGCGCACAAGGAGGCCUUCAUGAUGAGCCACAGGCUGCGGCACCUACCAGAAGCACCGAACAAGUAUCCGAAGACGUAGCUGAACCCGCCGUUCCGUCAGCAUCAAACAGCCUGAUCGAUACCCUGGCAAAGGUGGGUGAGAACUCGGAGGUUCAUGGGGCAGCAGAAGAGACUACGGUGAAGCGAAGUGGUCUACAACUACAGAACGGCUCGAAAUCACCUCCCCAGGAUACCAUCAACUCCGAGCGCAGCAGGCAUGAGUCAGAACCCCACAAUCGCUUUCCACCAGAAGCUUCUUUGAUGCCGCAAGAAGCUGUCGCAGAGCAGGCGGUGGAAGAGCAGGUGACACCAGAACAAGCCAAAGCCGACGAAGGCACACAGCAGCCUACGCGAACCCCAGAGGUACCAAGUGAACAGCACAUCGCUAGUGAAAUGAAGGAGUUACAGCCUCAGCGCCAGAAGCGAGCAAGGGGCAGGCCACCGGCAUCUAGCCGGAAGCAAUCUGCUAUUGGUGAACCCUCAGAGCGAAAUGGAGGUGACGAACUGGAGAAAACGGCGGCUCCAGAUGACCCGAGCAAGAGACUUCGAGGCAGAAGUAUCAGAAAUGCCCGAGGCACACCGAAUGCUCCUGAUACCGAGAACGCUGUCCCCAAUAGCAGCUUAGGCCGCGGACAGGACACAGCACAACCCGAUACGGAUGGCGGCGACACUGCAGCAAGGGCCCAGGACGUUGAGCAAUCAGUUUCGGUGAAACAAAACGAGAAGAAGAAGGGCAGGCGUGCUGGACGCGUUGGCAUGGCCCGUCAUGUGGAGACUGAGCAAGACAAAUCCGAUGAGUCGAAUGAGAGAAUUCCGCAAGAGGAGCAGCUGCAGCCAGGCCGGGAGCAAGAGCAUAAGCCUGAGCUGCAACCUGAGGCCGAGCCCGCACCAGAGGUUGCAAGCAGAGCAGAAUCUCCAACAACUCAGGAGGCUUCUCCACGGCCUAAGAAACGGCGUGGAAGACCGUCAUUAGCAUCGAGAAGGGAUGACAACACAGCAACGCAGCCUGAAGAACGACAAAUCACACAGCAAGAGGUUGACGCGGAGGAUUCUAAACCUACGAGAAAGCGGACUAGACAACCUCGCAGUGAAACUGUACCUGUGACUGUCCACCGGCUGGUGAAUGUCGCUUCGCUGGCGCCAGGACCUUCUGGUCCUGAUUCACCAGUCGAGGAUGGAGACUCGGCCGAUGAACUGGCCGCCAGGGGAAAGACUAAGCUCCCCAGAAGAGGAGGCGUCAACCCAGCCGAUGUACUGAGCCAGAUUUGCCGAGAGACACUAGAAAAGACACUCACUACUCUUAAGAACGGAAUAGCCAAUGAGACCAAUCCCGCACGACGUGCGGAAUGGACCCGCAAAAAGAAAGCCGUCGAGGCUUACGAAACAGAACUUGAGGGUCGGCUUUUUGAGUUGAGUGAGAUGCUGGAUAGUAACUUUGUUCUCGGCGUCCAGCUGAAGAAAGCAAAGCGGGAAAUGAUGGACUUGCGAGGCCGGCUGUACCAAAUCCGCAAAGAGAGAGAGGCGGUCGCUUUACGGAUGGAUGCAGUGCGCAGCAAGCAUGCGGAAGAGGAAAGUGCGAGAAUGGUAAGCUUUGGCCUAGUUCCGAAGUCUAUAAGUACGUUUUCGAUGUGCGUGUGGUUGGUAGCUGACGUUUCCAGGCCCGCAUUUCUAUCAACAAUUCCUUGCAUAGCCUCGAGCUUGCUAUUGAACGAAGUCAGAAUCGCGCAUCCGCCGAUGCUGACGACGCAGAAUCGGCAGAUGCUUCACCCACAGUUGGCCUGGAGUUUAUGCUCCGUAGCGUUGCAGAAGCAGUGA